AUGGUGUCCAUUCUAUUGCCUCGUAAGCCGCCAACAUUAUUAAAGAUAUUUAAGGAUAGCAUAGGAAACUACGAUAACCGAGAGGAUGAUAUCGGUGAAGCAGAGGUAUAUUGGAAACUUUUUCUAUCAGUUUUAAAGUACAACCUGCCCAACUCUAUAGACAGAGCAAAUUUCAUUCUGUAUAUGCUCUUUUUAUUUAUGUUUAUAUUUAUGGGAUUCAUUGUAUAUAUUCAUGUAAGGAUAAAUGUGUUUUACAAUCGUCCUUAUAGAAAAAGUUUACUUUCCUUGUUUUAUGGGCACACGCCUUUGCAUCAAUUAGCAGAGAAAGAUUGCAAAACUCAUUUGGUAGAUUGUAUUAAAGGGUUAAAUCACUUUAAAGAUGGCAAAGACUACUGUGGAAAAACGCCACUACAUAUUGCCGCAGAGAACAAUAACAGAGAAUUCGGUGAAUACUCGCUACAAGAAGGUGCUUGUAUUAAUAACAGAUCUGGGCACAUUUGUUUUGGUGAAACCCCUUUACAAAUAAGUGCCGAAAAAGGUCACACAGAAUUUGUUGAACUCUUACUGAAAUGGAAAGUACCUAUGGAUGAUAUGACGCUCUGGUCUAGAAAAACAGCUUUACAUUUAUGUGUUCAAAAUGGACAAUACAAAGUAGCUGAUAUUCUGUUGGAAGCGGGGGCUGAUGUAAAUCUGCCUGACAGCGAAGGUAGGACAGCUUUACAUCUUGCUGUUACUCGUCGAAGCGAGAAAAUGGUCCAACUGCUGUUAGAAAGAGGUGCGUCUAUUAAUAGCAAGGAUAUUUACGGCAAAACAGCCUUACACUAUUGCACGGAUACAAAAUAUUGCGCCGUUUUGAACCUUCUGCUGAGUGCAAAAGCUUCAGCAAAUAUCAGAGACAACGAAGGUAAAACAGCUUUACACCAUGCUGCUAUUAACGGGCAUACUGAAACAGUUUUAACGCUGGUGAAUGUUACAGAUUUUAUCGAUACGACAGACAGCUGGAACAGGACAGCUUUACACUACAGCUCCCUGAGAGGUCACACGGAAGUCGUGAAGACCUUACUGGAAGCCGGAGCCGACUCUGGAGUCAAGGACGUUUUAGGGAAAACCCCGUUGCACUACAGCGCUGAAAAUAACGUUGCUGACGCUAUACGAGUGUUGAUUCAAAGGGGCACUAACAUCAACAUUGCAGAUAAUUUUGGUCAGACAGCGCUAGACGUGGCAACAUGGAAAUCAAACGAUGACGCUGUUGCAGUUCUAAGGCGACACGGCGCGAACUCAUCAAAACACAGGAGAAAUAAAAUGAUUACAGUAUGGAAUUACAUCAGACUUCUUUUAGUUGAAUUGGCUUUGGUAACCCAGAUAGGGUAUUCAUAUUUAGUAAACUUCAGAAGAUCAUGUUUUGGUAAAUCUUCUACACAAGUACAAGACAAAACACAACAAAAUAUCGAAGCUACUUAUGCAAAACAAACUACAACAACAAUUACUGAUACAACACCCACUGUUGAUACAACAACUUACACAACACCAACUCAUGAUACAACACCAACUCAUGAUACAACACCAACUCAUGAUACAACACCAACUACAACACCAACUACUGAUACAACACCAACUACUGAUACAACACCAACUACUGAUACAACACCAACUACUGAUACAACACCAACUACAACACCAACUAAUGAUACAACACCAGCUAAUGAUACAACACCAACUACUGAUACAACACCAACUACAACACCAUCUAAUGAUACAUCACCAACUAAUGAUACAACACCAACUACUGAUACAACACCAACUACAACACCAACUAAUGAUACAACACCAGCUAAUGAUACAACACCAACUACUGAUACAACACCAACUACAACACCAUCUAAUGAUACAUCACCAACUAAUGAUACAACACCAACUAAUGAUACAACACCAACUACUGAAACAACACCAACUGCUUAUACAACAACAACAACAACUGAUACAACACCAACUAAUUAUACAACAUCAACUACUGAUAUAACACCAACUGCAAUAAAAUCACCCUGCAUGAAACACCAACCAGGUAAUUCCAGUCCGCGACACCUUCAGGAAAACUUAACACAGUCCAAAUGUAAACCGUUUGGGAAGAAUCAUCAGACAUUCUUUGGAAAACAUAAGGAGAUGGACGAUUCAGAUACUGGACAGAAAACUAAACCUGGACAAAGUCAAACAGACGAUCCUGAAAAUACGAUGAUCAAACAAAUAAAACCCAGCAUGGUUGGAAAAAUAAAGGAUACAAAAAGAAAAACAAUGCUCAGCAACAACAAAUGGAUUGGAACCCGCACUAGUCACGAUUUAUUAAACAAGACAAAGUGUAUGAAGAACAAUGCGGAGGUCGGUAGUGCUAAAAAUUGCAGAUACCAGCCUUUAGCCAGUCGGUCAUAUGGCUCUCUAAAAUAUAGCACAAGAUAUUUUAAGCAAAAUACUUCAAGAAAUAAACUUCACGUAGUCAAUCACAGUGCUGUAAACCCUCAUGCCUACUUCUACGGGAGAAAAUACAUCUGGAAAUAUAAAGUAAAUCAUUCAUCAAAGUAUGUCAAGAAAAAAAUAAAGAGAACAAAUAAAAAGGCUAUGAAUGUUAAUGUGAAAAAAUUGACAAAAGCAAACGUAUUAGAUUUCAAUUUUAAAGAAUCGAAAGAAACUAGGACUGACAUGGAAGGCUCAUUACCCACGCUAGCUGUGCUGGAUUUGAUUGGGUGUGCUCUAAAUACCGUAACAAUGAGAAUAAAAUCUAGUAAAAAAAAUUUGACGGGAUUGAUCGCACAUUUCAAUCUAAAAUACUCCCCAAACAUCAUACACCAUUGCAGCGAGUUAAAUGUCGAGAAUGUGAAAUACCUGGCUUCAGACAGCAAUCAGAACAUCUUCAUUGGGCACGUCUAG